AAAUUAAACGCGGAAAAAUCCCGCCAUUCUUGAUCGCCCACCCCAGCCCUCUAGCUAAGCCCUCCCGCUCUUCAGCUACUUUCCAUCUACGUUUCUGUCUCCAGCCACUUGGCGUGCAACUUCGUAGGUACAUACCUUUAUCUGUGUCUGCAGGCUGAAGUCGGGAGAAAAAAAUGUGGGAUAAGAAAAACCUACGAUAAAUUCGGCAAUUGAUGGUAGAUAUGGAAACCGAUGAGUCAUCUCGGGUGCUUCCUUUUCAGCUACAAUUCGAUAAGCCUGUUGCUUCCCAGAUAAAAAUUGCAGAGUGGAAUCCAGAGAAGGACCUACUGGCCAUGGUUACAGAGGACUCAAAGAUCUUGCUACAUCGUUUUAAUUGGCAGAGAUUGUGGACUAUAGCACUAGGGAAGUGCAUAACAUCCUUGUGUUGGCGUCCUGAUGGUAAAGCAAUAGCUGUUGGAGUUGAAGAUGGAACAGUGUCACUGCAUGAUGUUGAAAAUGGGAAGUUGUUAAGAAGUUUAAAAUCACAUGGCGCUGCCGUCACAUGUCUGAACUGGGGGGAAGACAGUCACCUCAUUACAAAUGACUGUGGUCACAUGGCAAAGUAUGAAGAUAGAACUCCUCGUUUCUUCCCUCCUGCUCCAAGUGUUCCUCGGAUGCCUGGAUUGGUAUCUGGAGAUAGUGGCUUCAUGGAGGAUGGUGAAGAUUCAUUUCAGGAGCUGUCAAAUUCUUCUCAUCGACGUUUUAAUAUCCUAUGCAGCGGAGAUCAAGAUGGAAAUAUCUGUUUUACUAUAUUUGGCAUCUUCCCCAUAGGAAAAAUUAACAUACACAACCUCACUUUUCCUGCUUCCUGUACGGGUGCAGAGGCAGCAUACCAACUUUUAAAUGCUUCUAUUCACAAGGCCUCUUUAUCAAAAGAUCUUUGCCGUUUGGUAGUCAUGUGCUCAGGAGACCUUGUUGAAGUUAACAAUGACUCAAGACAAAUUCAUAUGGAUGAAGAUGUUCAUGGCCUGCACUGCUUAGCAUUAAAUACUGCCAUAUUUUGGAAUCGGAAAAAUGAGCUCCAUCAGGUAGCUCAACAGGCUUCUAACAUUGAGGACCUGACCGAGGUUGUACGGACAUCAAUAUCAGUUAUGUGUAAGCAGUGGUCUGAUGCCAUGCACACUUUUCGGGAGAAGUUCAAUUCUUUAUCAUCCCUGAUUAUAGAUCAUGGAAUUGAUUCAACCCCUCAAGAAGAGUUUCUGAGCCUUUUGGGUGGUGCAAGGACCAGUCCAGCAGUUCACCAAUUUCUUGUCAACUCCCUUGGUGAAGUGGGUGUCAAGCGUGUUUCGAAGCUUCUCUGUGGUGCAGGAAAAGAACUUCAGCGUAUUGUCUUGGACCAUCUCCAGCCUGCUGCAGAAGUUAUUGCCUUCAGGAUGGGAGAACUAAGAGGGCUUUCAAGAUGGCGCGCACGGUACUACAGCAUUGGCUUGGAUGAGUCUCUUCUUAACAAUGCAACAGAAAAGGCUGGUAUGCUACUUGUACAAGUUGAACGAUUUAUGAGGAUUCUUUCAUCUGUUGUGCAGCAGUUCUCAAACUUUUUCAACUGGCUCUUGAAAUGUAUAAAGUUACUCAUGUCAGAACCUAGUGACCAGCUUCUACCAUAUAACAGUGAACUUGUUGUAAUAUUCCUGAAAUUUUUGUAUGACCAAGAUCCAGUUAGGCAAUUGCUGGAGAUAUCAGAAACGGAUUAUGGUGUUGAAAUUGAUUUGGAAACAUUGGAAAGAGUUAGAGGGUUAGUUCAGUUUGGGGGAUUUGCAGACUCCGAAUAUUUAAAAAGAACGUUGGCCAAAGAAUUUCAACAGAUGGAAUUAAGCUUUAAAGAGGCUCUCCAAAUGCCUUUUAUUACAAUUUCAGGAAAAAUACUUUGUGAGGAUUUGUUACCACUCUUACCUCUGUCAUCUUUGCCAAAAGCAUCUUCAUCCGUUAGAAUUCCUGCUUCAGUAUCGUAUUAUGAGGAUUUCUCCAAAGCUUCUUUGUCACAUCAAACUUGUCAGCAGCAGUUUAUUGAUUACAUAUCUUUCAAAGUACCUGACGAGUCUUUCUCAGAUAUUAAGAAUUGCAUAUGCAUAGUGCGGGGGUUUAUGCAUGACCUGGAAUUUAAAAAGGGCCAUGGUUCUUUGGAAGCUGUUUUGUUAUGCAUUCCUAGUGAUUAUCAAUGCGUGGAUCUGUCUUUGUAUAAGGAUACUCAAAUCGUCUUGUUACUAAACCAAGCCACAACUACAUCAGAAAGCACAGGAGAUGGUUGUAUGAUGAUUCUGCAAGCAAGUGAUUUGCCCUUUGUUUCUAUAUCAAGAUCUGCUUACACAGAUGUCUGGAGGUUAAAACAACUCAAGGAUUCUGUUGCGCGCCUACAUGUUGAGGACGAGAAAGCUCGCACCAUUCCUCAUUCUGUAAUAGCUCCCUUGGCAGUGAGCGCAUCAAGAGGCGUGGCUUGUGUAUUUGCUGCGAGAAAACGAGCCUUGGUUUACAUCCUGGAUGAGGACGAGGACGAAGCCUCAGAUGCAGAAUAGUCCACUUAUUUCAUUUCAUCUAUUUGUAUGAUCUUGGGUAGGAGAAAAUAUGCAGAAAAUGGAUAUCUGCCAUUUUCCCAUCAACACCUAUCAUCAUUGCAUCCAGCGCUACAUCGCUUAUUUAAUGCGCUUGAAUGAUCUCUUGAAUGUAAUUAAAUGGAUUAUUUUCAGAGUUAAAUGAGUUAUUCCAGUCCAAAGGGGUCAUAGAUAUUCAAUGUGGAACAUUUUAUCAUUUAAUUGUAUUUAUUUUUGACCUAUUCU